GUUUUAUCAACUUUUUUUUUUUUAAUAAAGUUAAAUUUUUUUUCUAUUUUAUAUAAAUUAUGCGAAUAAAAUUCUUUUUUACAAUUUCAAAAAAUUUCUUUGCCAGUUCAUAAAACAUUUUUCUCAAUAAAUAAGAAACCAAGAAAUAUUUUCUCAACGUGAAAAUUUGUUCUUUUUUUUUAUUAUGCAUUAAGUUUUGAAAUUGAGAAAAAAUUUGCAUAUUUCUUCUCAAGAUUGUUUUUGCUUUUUAUUUAUUUAUUUCUUUUUUAUUGAAAAAAAAAAAAAUGCUUUUCUUGACUUGGAAAAUAUUUCAAGGGAGGACAUAACAUCAAUUUUGUCCGUGGCUGAAAUUGCUUUUGCAGCCCAUAAAGCUUAUAUAUGCGUCUCUCUAUAUAUAUAUGUGUUUGCAACUCGGACUUGAAUUUUUCUCAUGUCAGUGCACUUUAUGACCAUAAAAUUGUACAUAUAUAGUUUGAUGCUGCUUGGUUGAUCAGCAGUCACCCUCGGGUUUUUAUCGAUUUUCUAUAUUCAAACAUUCAACGUCGUAAUUAUAAUGGUGAGCCACGUGAAUGAUUUUGGCGCGACAAAGAAGUCAGUUGCACUACCCGAAUAUGCCAAACCAAUCGAGGAUCAUUUGACGCUCUUCACCAGGAUAAUAGGCAUUUGUACUGCUAUCGUUAUCUCUGGCGUUGGAGUAGAUGUGGCUUAUCACGGACAUGUCAUGGGGUUUUACGUUACGUGAGGAUAAUACAACAUCCGUAUAUAUACCGGGAGCGUCAAUUGUAAUAUUUCUCCUUGAAGUAACUUGGGCUAUUACAUUAUUUAUACAAAUUUUUAUCAAAAACGACGAGUCCCUUUGUUGGAAUUGCUGGGCGAGCGUUCUGAUGAUAACGAGGGGCUGGCGAAGGUCUUUGUUUUACCUCCCCGUGUCCUGCAUUUUGGCUUGGAAACCAUACAGACUUUGGCUCUCUUUUGUUGCUGCUGGACUUUUGGCUGUUUUAUCUCUAGCUUAUAUUGCAACUAGUGCUCUAGAUAAUCGAAGUCCUAAUCAAACUAAUGCAGGAAUUGAUCAACUGGGAGAAAGUCUUUUGCAUACACGUCCAGAAUGCUACGAUCAUUUUGAAGAUGUUUUAGUGACGGAAGUCUUCGAUGACGUUUCGGGUUCACAAGGUCGUUACAUUGAUAGUGAUGGAGAAAUAUGACAAGAAAGACAAUCUUCGUGGGCUAGCGAAACCGACGAAGAUAGCGAACCAGAACAAAGGAUUUGUCAAAUUGCGACAUUAUCUUAGUUUCUUUAAAAAAAAUAAUAUUGCCUGGAAAAAAAUUUUGUAUUGUUAUUUUAAUUUAUUUAUUUAAAUUCGCUUAUUCAAAAGCAUAAUUUUUUGUAAACAUUUUAAAAUUAUUGAAAAAAUUAAGAAACAAGUUAUUUAUAAGAUGCACCAUUUUUU